AUGUUGAAUCGGUUGUCCUCUCGUUCUGUUCUUCCCCAGGAGCUGAACUGGAGCCUCAGCCCACAGACUCCCAUCUCCUGGCUCAAUGUGUACAUGCAGGUGGCUUACCUGAAGGACACCGACGAGCUGCUCAUCCCCAAAUACCCCCAGAAAACCUUCACACAAAUCGCACAGUUAUUGGACCUGUGUAUUCUCGAUGUUCAUUGCCUCGAGUUCUCCAACGGCAUCCUCGCUGCCUCAGCCCUGUUUCAUUUCUCCUCUCUGGAGCUGGUGGAAAACGUCUCAGCUCUGAAGAGGGUGGAGGUGGAGGAGUGUGUGAGGUGGAUGGUGCCGUUCGCCAUUGCGCUGCAGGAGGUCGGUGGUUCGUCUAUGAGAACAUUCACAGGAAUCUCUGCAGAUGACAUGCACAACAUCCAGACCCACGCCUCCUACAUCACAUGGCUGGACAAGGCCUACUCCUACCAGAAUGUGGAGUUGCAGCGUCACGGCAACUGUCCUGUACCCUCGGGUGUCCUGACCCCCCCGCAGAGCAGUGAGAAAACUGAAGAGCUGGUCCCGGUGGACGCUGCGGUGCUGAAGAUCAAACCAGGAUUCAAACUCCAUCCCCACAACGACGCUGUCCAAAGCAGCAACGCCAUCACUGAAACUGACCAGACGACGGCAAAUCCGAAAUAAAUGUGUCUAACUUCUGGCUGAAUGGAGAAGAAAAGCACCUCUGUUGUGUUGACUCUGAACAGCAAUGAUGGAUUCUCAGUGGGAAAACAUUCAUGGAAUUUGUAUUUUUUCCUUUUUAACUCACGCCAACUACAUGGAUUAAGUUGCUUUUAAAUGUUGGGAGCACACAGUGACUUUGACAAAACACUGCCACCCAGUGGACAGUUUUUAUCCCUGCAGGAUUAUUUAACCCUUCAGUCAAAGAGCAAAUGAUCUGUUACGGAUGCGAUGGCUCAAGAAGAUUUUCAACAGCAUUGCACCCAAAUGCUUACGUGAAUUACAACCACACCUACACAUUUGUUGGUUGCCAAUUUUUUUUCCUAUGCAGAGGCCAAAUUGAAUGGACAUUUUUCUACUUUAUUAAGUGUGUUUGGGGUGUGGGGGGGGGAUGAUUGCUGUUUUUAAUCAGUGGCCUCAUUUGCCCAAAAACUUUUCCUAGGGUCAUAUUUGUCCCUCUGUGCUGCUAUAAAAGUGGGCUUUGCAUGAUGGAGAGUGUUUGCGUGUGUGUGUGUGUGUGUGUGUGAUGCAAUGUGUUUUGGAUGAACUCUUGCCAUGUUGUCGUUUUGCUUAGGGACCAGUAGCUUGGCUACCUAAAUGGACGAGUGAACCAGCCAGGCUUCAGAAGCUAAAGUAUUGAUUGUAUUUAACUUUUAUUUUUAUCCUAACCUGCGGUUUUUCUCCCCACCACCAAAAUGUUUAUUUGACUUUUUAAAAUAAAAUGCUGCUACAUAUUUCAAUUAAACUGUUUCUAAGGACUUUUAACAAUGUUUGGUUGUUUUGGGGAUUUUU